CGCUGUUAGACGUUGAUUAUUGAAACAAACAUGGCGGCGUGCUUGUGCUGCACACUGUACAGAGGUUGUUCUUAAGUUGAAAGGUUGUCAUUAAAAUACUGUAAACAUGCUCAGCCUGACAAUAAGGGAGGUGUCUUUGGCUCUCAGGGAGGGAAGAAUCUCCCCAACGGAGCUUUGUAGGAAGUGUCUGAACCGCAUCAAGAAGACACAACAUCUUAAUGCUUACAUCAGUGUGACAGAGGAGUUGGCACUGAAGCAGGCUCAAGAAGCAGAAACCAGACUGCUGCAAGGUGCCCCCAAAGGUCCUCUGGAUGGAAUCCCCUUUGCAGUCAAGGACAACUUCUGCACAGAAAAGAUCAAGACUACAUGUGCAUCCAGGAUGCUUAAAGACUACACUCCACCCUACAGUGCUACAGUGGUCCAGAAGCUUUUUGACCAAGGGGCUGUUCUCAUGGGGAAGACCAACAUGGAUGAGUUUGCUAUGGGUGCGGGCAGUACUGAUGGGGCUUUCGGUCCAGUGAGAAACCCCUGGAGCUAUGCUGCUCCCUACAGAGAGCAGACAGGGGCAGCGCCUGACUCUAACUGGGUUAUCACUGGAGGAAGUUCAGGAGGAAGUGCUGCAGCUGUGGCCUCACUCACUGGCUACCUAGCUUUGGGUUCAGACACAGGUGGUUCUACUCGUAACCCUGGAGCACUGUGUGGUGUUGUGGCCCUGAAGCCCACUUAUGGUCUGCUGUCCAGACAUGGUCUCAUCCCUCUCGUCAACUCCAUGGACGUCCCUGGUAUUAUGACCCGCAGUGUCAGUGAUGCAGCCAUCGUCUUAGGUAUCCUCCAAGGCACUGAUAUUAGAGACUCAACAACAGUUCCUGCUCCCUCAUCACUGACAGAGCUACCUGAAUACUUUGAUGUCAAGAACAUCUGCGUAGGCAUCCCUAAGGAGUACCACGCCCCGGGGCUCUCUGAGGAAACUCUGGCGCAAUGGAGUCGUGUUGCUGACAUGUUUGAGAGGGCGGGGGCGCGGGUGAAGCAAGUUUCCCUGCCCCACACCCAGUACUCCAUUUUGUGCUACCGCGUCCUGUGCUACGCUGAGGUGGCGUCUAACAUGGCCCGUUUUGACGGCCUAGAAUACGGCCAUCGCAGCGAGGUAAACAGCUCGACAGAGGCCAUGUAUGCCUUGAGCCGACAUGAGGGCUUCAACGAUGUUGUGAGAGAGAGGAUACUGUCUGGGAAUUACUUCCUGCUCAAACAGAACUACCAGCACUACUUUGUAAAGGCGCAGAAAGUCCGCCGGCUGAUUGCAGACGAUUUCAAACACGUGUUCAGCUUAGGCGUCGACGUGCUGCUGACGCCCACCACUCUGACUGAUGCAGCCCGUUACGCCGACUUCAUACAGGAAGACAACCAAACACGCAGCGUGCAGGAAGACGUCUUCACCCAGCCCGUCAACCUGGCAGGUCUCCCCGCUGUUUCUGUGCCAACCGCUUUAUCGAGACGAGGCCUUCCCAUUGGUUUACAGCUCAUAGGACCCGCGCUCCAAGACCAGAAGCUGCUCAGUGUUGCCCAAUGGAUCGAGCAGAGGGUUGGGUUUCCCUCCAUCAGUCACUACGGAGAGUCCAGCGAGGGCAGGCAUGACACAGGAAUGACCAAAAGAGAGCAGACUUCAGCUGUAUGAAGAGAACUGUGCACACAAGUGGUGACCCAUAAUGAAAAUCUGCGGAAUUCAGACUGUUUCCUCUUCGGGUGGAGAUGUGUUAAAAAAUCUGCGGAAUUCUGAAUCCACAGAUUCCGUGUGGCCCUGCUCAUGACCCACUAGAAGUGUGUGGGGGUGUCUUUAUGUGCAGAGACCCUGCCCUCUGCCUCUCUUCUUUUUUUCUUUUUUUUUUUGCUGUGUGCAGGAUGUCAGCAAAGAUCCUUUGGGCCCCACGUGGGUGGUUAACCCCCAGCCAAUAACAGCAUGCAGGUUUUCCAAUGCUGCUUUGCCCAUUUGGUCAACGACACAAACACAGAGAAACAGACAGGAUGGAAUUCAUUAAAAUUGAAAUGUAUCUUUUUUCUGCAAGUGUAUGUGUUACUAAAGAAAGACAAAUUGCAGAAGAGUUGGGUAACGGCAUUGCAUGACACCAGCAGACUUUUACCCAUUUUGGCUCAAGCUGAUACUUUCCCUGAAGUACUGUCCACAUUUUAGUGUUGGAAUCAGCUCAUGCAAAAUCAAUCCAGUCAGACAACUACAGUACUAGAAACUGGCCUUAACUAAGGUGCUCCACUGAGUGCUUACAGAGUCUCAAUUAACUCCUCCACAUAAUCCUGACCCAUUUCUCUGCUGGUGGGAAUCUGUACCUGACCUUGAGUUUUCAAAAAGUGCACAAGAUUGAACUUUUUUUAUUUAUUUUUUACACAGUAGGAUCACUAUUGUAUCUUCACAUUAAUGCUGUG